AUGGGUUGCGGCAGAUGCUUCGUGUUCCCCCAGUUGAACCUGUUUGACGCCGACCAUAAAGCCUCCAUAAUUCCAUUUGGAUCCUGUGGAUUCUCUCUCACAAGCAUAUUAUGGUCAUCACGUACAUGCCGGAAAUUGCCGCUAGGGUCAGGAUCGUUCAAAAUGACUGCCGGUGAUCCAGAAGCGAACAGCGGUGCACGUAUUGCGUUGAUAAUGACCUUGAUUCUGAUUGUACUAUGUAUUGCUGAUGGAAUUAAUUGCUUUUCCAUUUUCCUAAUGGGUCUGAAUCGGGUGCUUUUGUACACAGAGGUUAUUGACACACUCUCCAUUCCUAUCCGUGCUGCAUUGGAAUGCGCUAUCGAGCCCUGGUUGAUUUUAAGAGGAUAUGGAGAUUUAUGGCCACCGACUGUUCAAUUUGCUAUGGGUAUAGACCGCUGUAUAGCAGUUUUCAAUCCGAUUUCGUACAGCAAAAGUCCGUUGAAAAGAGCCCUAAACAGAGUUAGAUUGGGACAAUUUCCCGAUAUAUUACCCCGGGGUCAGUGCUUCGAUAAUCGUUCAAGACGCGGCGUUUUCUUUUUCUUGACGAUAUUCGCAGUGACUUGUGAGCUUUCGGUGGGAUAUUUCAUUUCCUGGAGCAGACGAUUCGUUAAGGUGAAAUACUGGUGCGGAAGGAAGGCGGCGUUCGGCGAGUUUUACGCAUCAUUUGUGUACGGAUCGAACAUAUUGUGUUAUUUACUCGCGUUCUCACUAACAGUGAUAGCUUAUUUUAAGUCACAGUACUGGAUGGACUCAGAUUCAGGAAAGAAACAACUUGCUCGGAUUAGAUACCAACUCAUCAUUUCCAUUUUGUCAAUAAUUUUGAUCUCCAUACCAAAUGGGGUCUCAUUAUUUGCUCAAUAUAUAUCGAAUGUUGCCGAUGCUAUAGCGAAACCGUCUACUUAUACCACAUGCAUAAAUUCUGCCAUCAACAUAUUUGUUUAUCUGGUCCUCUACAAAGAGUUCCGGGAUGAAUUCAUGAGAAUAGUUUUACGUAUAAACAAGGUUCGAACUGUACUAGUAACAAUAACGACAGUUUUUUAA